AUCGGAUGUAAUCGGUCUGCUUCUUUCGAGAGCCCUGGCCAUUUGUUAUCAUUUCAUAACAAUAAUAAACAAAAACAUGUCGUUUACACAAAAGCUUAACUAUUACGCCAACAAAAAGUCUUUCAAAUACGGCGUGCCCUUUCUUGUUAUGAUAGUAGCUGGUUCUUUUGGGUUGCAGCAGUUUUCCAGCUUAAGGUAUCAAUACGCUAAAAUACAGCCUGUUUCACCAGAAGAGAUGAAAAAAUAUGGCGUGAAAAUGAAGAAACGCCAAGACGUAACGCUUGAAACAGAAUAUAACAAAGUUCAGUCUAUCGAUAUUGAUAAUUGGUCCAAUAAGCGAGGCCCACGUCCCUGGGAGGAGGAGGAACUGGCGAAAAAAUCUUAGUUACACACUUAAAUGUGAAACGCUUAUUUAAUAUUAAGUUGUUAAA